UCAAGAAUCGAGCUUUGGUUGGAACCUUACUUGGAUGUGCCAUUGAGCGGCGUAUGAUCCAAGUAAGAAAGCUGCGAGCUACUUCAAGGCUCAGCACAUUUUGAGGAAGUAUGUCUGGUGAUGGCGCAAGGUGUCUGUUGCGAGGAGCUACUGCCAAUUCUUUCUCUCUGCAAAGUAUUACUGACUGUAGACAUCUGGGCGUUUCGUCUAAACACCAUCCAUCCGAACGCAUCCCAAUCGCUCAAUCCAUCAAUAUCGCAACCACUCUCGCCGCCGCUAAAGUCAUCUUAUCUCAAACCAUCGCCGAAGAAUCACUUCUUUUCACUUUCUUCUUAGCGCCUUCUCCCAAGUACAACCACCAUGUGUUCCCUAUACCUUUGUUUCCGACGUCUCAUCGCCCACCCACAGUUCCGCCUAUUCCUAGACACCUCACUACUAUCGCCGGGCGUUUCUUCCGUCAUAAAAUGGAUCUUACUCUGCAUCGCCAGCGGCAUAGCAGGCAAAGCCGUCCGUGCCCGACGCGAGCUCGGAAAGAAAAGCUUCUACAACUUUAUGUCCAACCAUUCAAAACAACUAUUUGGGCCAGGAGGCUCAAACGGUUCUUCUUCCCGCGGCUGAGCCAAAAUAGACCUAAUAUUAGCGGCGAUGAGGGAUGGGAGGGAGUAGACAACCGUGUCGUUAGGGCACGAUUUGUCUUGUUCUGGUGGCAUGAUAGGAAAGGGUGGAAAGAGGGAGAUGAGAGCGAUGGAUUUUGGAUACCUUUGGCUAUUGGUGUGCUUGCUUGGGUCGUUGGGCGUAAUUGAUAUCCCGACGGUUUCGUGAGGUAGAUUGCGUAAGCCGGAGAAUUGUCGCCGUUCAGCGUCGUAUCGCUAUGAAAUUGCAUCACGGUCAGAGGCGAUAUGAAUGAAUUAGGGUACAGUGA